UUUGUUGCUUCGAGCAUUGGUGACGGGUGGUGUGACCACGCUUGCAACAAAGCUGCACACAAAUUCGACGGAGGCGACUGUUGUAAACACUCGUGCAAGUCAACCAUAUAUUCAUGUGAUUCUGGUGGCUACGACUGUAAGGCAAACAAGGUUCCAGUCUGGUUCUUGGCCCACACCAAACUCUGUUACCAGUGGUACCCGGACGGCGAUGGAGGCCAGUGUGGUGCGGGCGAACCCAGACAUCUUUGCGCGAACGUCAACGCGGCCACCCGAUAUUACCGAGACGACACGGACAACAGAGGAGGCGGUUGUCGCAUGAGCUGGUCCAUCCAAUCACCUUACAGCCCACAGUGGUUCAAGAACGUGCAAAUAUGCUACCGAUGGUACCCGGAUGGUAACGGCGGUCAGUGUGGCGGUGGGGCGGCACGCUUGCUGUGUGCCCCGGUGGGUAAAUACACGCCGGUCUACCGGGACGAUACCGAUAACCGCGGCGGUGGGUGUAGAAUGUCUUGGCAGCUCAAACUACCACCUGUGCAUAAUUGGUGGGCGAGGAAUAUCCAGUUGUGUUACGAAUGGUAUCCAGAUGGUGAUGGUGGACAGUGUGGCGGUGGUGCUGCUCGCAAGCUUUGUGCCAAAGCGAACAACUGGACUCCUUACUACAGAGAUGAUACCGACAACAGAGGCGGCGGAUGUCGCAUGAGAUGGGGCCUUUAUUACAAGUGA